UAAAUGGGAUCCUCCCACCACAUGUCCCUAGUCAGAGACCCAAGCAUUUGUUUCUCUGCAAAAUAGUAAAAGGCCUCUGAUAUUAUGACACAGCUGUCGCUGCCAGUUGAAGAUCUUGUUUCUUUUCAUAAUCUACCUGAGAAAGCAAGAGACAAAAAAAAGAAACUAAAAAGUGAGCCAAAACCUGAAGGGAAGGCCAAAAAGAAGGACAAAGGAAAAGCAGCAGUGCAGGAUGGCGAAACUCAAAGACAAAGGGGGAAAGAGAAUAACAUGCCAGUAGCUGAAGAGAGAGAAAUAAAAUCGGAUAAAAGAAAAGAAAAAAAGAAAAAAGAUAGCAAGAAAAAAAAGGAAAAGAAUUCAUCUGAGCACUAUGAAAUUCAGCAACAAGACCCUCAGACAAGUUCUGUGAUUGUCAAAUUAGAACCUGAUGAAGAUGGAGACUUUGCACCUGCUAAAAAACAAAGUAAAGGGAAAAAACGAGCAAGACAAGGGGAAGCUGGAGAAUUGUCAAAGUCUAAGAAAGUGAAACUAGAGGAAGAUGCAGAUGGAGUUGAAACAGAAACUAAACCACAAAAAAAGAAAAAAAUUAAAAAGGAAGAAGGUAAUAAAAAACCCAAGAAGGAAGAAGGUGCAAUCAAGGCAAAAAAGAAAACACAAGAGGAGAAGGAAGCAGCAGCUGCUUUGAAAUUAAAGAAAAAAGAAGAAGAAGAGCAGAUGCGUUGGAGAUGGUGGGAGGAAGAAAAGUACGAAGAUGGCAUAAAGUGGAAGUUUCUGGAACAUGAAGGUCCUGUUUUUGCUCCACCCUAUGAGCCAUUGCCGGAUAGUGUGAAAUUUUACUAUGAUGGUAAACCCCUUCCAUUAAGUCUACAAGCAGAAGAAGUGGCUAGUUUCUUUGCAAAAAUGUUAGACCACGAGUAUACAACCAAGGAAAUCUUUCGCAAUAACUACUUUAUGGAUUGGAGAAAGGAGAUGACAUUGGAAGAAAGGAUGGUGAUUACUGACCUGGCCAAAUGUGAUUUUACUGAAAUGUUUACUUACUACAAAGGAAAAAUGGAGGAAAAGAAAAAUAAAUCAAAAGAAGAUAAACUAAAAAUCAAAGAGGAAAAUGAAAAACUGUUGCAAGAGUAUGGUUACUGUAGCAUGGAUCACCAUCGAGAGAGAAUUGGAAACUUUAAGAUUGAGCCUCCAGCACUAUUCCGUGGACGAGGAGACCACCCCAAACAGGGGAUGUUGAAGAAGCGGAUACUCCCUGAAGAUAUUAUAAUCAAUUGUAGCAAAGACUCAAAAAUCCCUGAGCCACCUCCUGGGCACAAAUGGAAAGAGGUGCGCCAUGACAACACUGUUACCUGGUUGGCAUCAUGGACAGAAAAUGUACAAGGAUCAGUGAAGUACAUCAUGCUCAAUGCAAACUCCAAGUUGAAGGGAGAAAAAGACUGGGAGAAGUAUGAAGUUGCUAGGAAGCUGAAACAUCAUGUUGUAACAAUUAGGAAGACAUACCGGGAAAAUUUUAAAUCCAAGGAAAUGAAAGUGCGUCAGCGGGCCGUGGCUCUGUACUUCAUUGAUAAGCUGGCUUUGAGAGCAGGUAAUGAAAAGGAAGAAGGAGAGACUGCUGAUACAGUUGGUUGUUGCUCCCUAAGAGUGGAGCACAUAAAGCUUUACCCAGAACUUGAUGGAGACAAGUAUGUAGUUGAGUUUGACUUCCUGGGUAAAGACUCUAUUCGAUACUAUAACAAAGUUCCUGUGGAAAAGCAGGUCUUUAAAAACCUCCAGCUGUUUAUGGAGAACAAGCAGGAAGGAGAUGAUCUAUUUGACAGGCUGUCUACACCUUUGCUUAACAAGCACCUGCAGUCACUGAUGGAAGGACUGACUGCAAAGGUUUUCAGGACAUACAACGCAUCGAUUACACUGCAGCAGCAGCUCCAGGAGCUCACAGACCCUGAAGAAAGCAUGCCUUCAAAGAUCUUAUCAUAUAACAGAGCUAACAGAGCGGUUGCAAUUCUGUGCAACCAUCAGAGGGCACCACCAAAAACCUUUGAUCAAUCUAUGGCAAAUCUUAAAUCUAAGAUUGAUGCGAAGAAAGAACAGAUUUUACUGGCAAAGAAAGAGCUGAAAGAAGCCAAAAAAGAGGCCAAAGAAAAAGAGAGUGAGAAGCUUAAUAAAGUUGUAGAGUCUAAGAAAAGAGGAGUGCAGAGAGCAGAGGAGCAACUCAUGAGAAUGGAGGUGCAGGCAACUGACCGAGAAGAGAAUAAACAGAUUGCCUUGAGCACCUCCAAACUAAACUAUCUGGAUCCCAGGAUCUCUGUGGCCUGGUGCAAGAAAUGGACUGUUGGACUGGAAAAAAUCUACAACAAGACGUACCGGGACAAGUUUGCUUGGGCCGUUGACAUGACCGAAACCGAUUUUAUAUUUUAAAUACAUUUUUAGAUGUUGUUCAUUCUUAAAAGCACUAUUGCUAUGCUGUAUGGUACAAAUGCAUAGUAAUCUUGUUUUUAUAACCUACAGAUCAUUGCUUCUUGACAAAGCAGUCAUGAGGUUUAUUUUAUUGCACUUCUUUAUAAAAAAAAGUCACUUUCUGUUAUGUGUUGUGUUGUGUAAACGUAAUUUUAAAUAAAUUUCCCCAAAGGUUUA